AUGAAUGGUGGUGUUGGUGCAUUAAAUCAUUUAAAUCAAGAAAAUAUUCCAUCAGGAGCUAAUUCUCAUCAACAUCAUGUUAUUGCAAUUACUCGAAAUUUUCGACGAGUUCAUCGUCGACAAAUAACUAAUAUUCGAACGGAUAAUAUUAAUCAAAUAAAUCAAUUAAAUGUAGAACUCUCCCAAGAACGAUUCAACAAUAUUCAAACAAUAGUUGAUUUUAUGAUUCAACAAAUUGAAUAUAAUCAAACUAUUGAAACAAUUACCAGACAUAAUCAAGUUGAACAAAUUGAACAUAAUGAAAUAAUUGAAACAAUGAGAAGAGAAUAUCAAGUUGAACAAGUUAUUGAUCGUAUUAUUAAACGUAUCGAAAACAAUGAAAAAUCAAAAGAAGUUUAA